AUGGAAGUGGAUGAUUUUUCGGAUACAACUGGAUGGUUUGAUAUGCCUUUUGAAAUGCGAGAAACGAUCAUUAGUUAUAUGGAUGUUCCAACAAAAAUCCAAUUUUCACAAUGUUCGAAGCUAUGUUUUGAAGAAGCCCAAUUAUUCGAUUCGUCUUACUUUUCUAUUAAGAUAAGAAAUAAUCCUUCCGGUGAAAAGAAAGGUGUUAUUUUCGAAAUGAUGAGUAAUCAUAUGUUCCGUGGUUCAAAAGAUGCAUCAAAAACUUAUCAAGUGAUAACAAUGUUCCUAGUUUGUGACAUCCCAAAUAUAUCAGAAGGAGAACUGAUGAAUAUACGCUCACUUCACGCAUUAAAAUAUCGAUUGAUUGAAGUUGAAACAAGAGAAAAAGUUGUUGAGUAUGUGAUGUAUCUUUUGCGAGGUAUUACGAAAUAUUUAAAGAAUUGCUUAAAAAGCUUGACGAUUCAUGUUGUAAGUUAUUUUGAAUCAACAAAAAUAGUUAGCGGACUAACUUAGAUACUUAUUUUCAGCCGGAUUUUCCAUACAACAAGUUGAAAAUUGAAAAAGAAUUGAAUGCUUUGGAAUCAAUUCAUAUUUCUCGGAACGAUCAAAUUAAUCCUGUCAGUUGUGGAUUUAUUGAUAUUGAACAACUUUCGUCCAUGAAAAAAAUAGUUGAAAUUCCAAAUCUAACAAUCGAUCAAAUAUUUCCACUGAAAGCAAAAACUAUUUCUAUUGUUUAUGAUGGCAACGAACAAUUCGAUAUUGAACAAUUUGUGUAUCGUUUGUUUUCUGAUAAAAUGGAUAGAAAUGUUAGUAGAAUUGAUAUUACACCAAAAAAGGAUUUAGAUGAUACUGCAGGAAUUUAUGCGAAACGAGAUACGUGAGUUCUCCUAUUUUCACAAUGAUAUAACAACGCAGUUGUAUGAAAAACCAUUUUCAGUCCUCGUGCAGUUGAUUAUUUGUUCAAACAUAGAGGAAAAAUUAUUCGGAUCGAGUGUCCAAAAUACAGACCACAAAUGAGUAUUCUUCUCCGCAGUCCAAUUGACUUUGACGAAAGCGAAUGGACUAUUUUGUAA